CUUCCCAGAUCUGUUGUUAUUCAGUUGUUCAAAAGUUGCUGUUGAGUGCCAGCUGUAGCAAGGCGGCUAUUGUUUCAAAAUGAAUAACAAAGCAAUCGCCUUGUUGUUGAUUUCAACGGCAGCUAUAUUUUUCGUUUUCGGUGCUCUCAUCGGAUUCUAUGUUAUCGAAGAAAAUAAUAAAGUUCCCGCUGUGCUGGACGUCAAAUCUUUACUGAUUGAUGAAAUUUCGGCUGAUAAAAUCAGUGAAAACCUCAAACAUUUGACUAGCGUUCCGCAUGUGGCUGGAACAGCCCAGGAUUUAUUGCAAGCUGAAUGGGUUAGAGAUAGUUUCCUCGAAGCAGGAUUGGAUGAAGCUGAAACGGUUCCUUACGACGUGUUACUCUCCUAUCCACGACCUGGAGUGAUCAAUACAGUCGAGUUAAUCGAUGACAAGAAUCAAGUUAAUUUCACCACAGCUGGUCGGCAACCAGCACUUGGUACACCACAAAAUUCCUACGGCGAAGUCUUUGCGAAUUUCAAUGCGUACUCAGGAAAGGGCGUUGCCCAAGGAAAUAUAGUUUAUGCUUACUUUGGGCGAGAUGCCGAUUAUGAAGAACUACAAAGUCGAGGGGUAAACGUAACUGGACACAUCGUCCUAGUGCGUUACGGAGCAAUUUUCCGCGGAUCAAAGGUGGCGAUUGCUGCAAGGUGGGGUGCAAUUGGAGUGAUCCUAUUUAGCGACCCUAUAGAUAAAGCCGUAGAAGGUCGUAAUUUCACCUUUCCAGAUAGUUGGUGGCUGCCAGGCAUGGGAGUGGAAAGCGGCUCUCUUUAUGUUGUUGACGGCGAUCCUUUGACUCCUGCCUACCCUGCCAUUGAGAGUGCAUUUCGUUUGAAAGAAGAAGACCAGGCAAACCUGCCCAGGAUUCCAGUCCAACCGAUCGGCUAUGACGAAGCCGAGAUAUUUCUUCGUAGCAUUUCUCCUGAGAAUCCACCUCCAGCCGCGUGGGUUGGUAAAUUAGAUGCGCCAUACAACCUUGGUCCAACACCGCUCAACCCCGGUUGGAACGUCAGGAUUAACGUCAGCACCGAUAACGAGAUGAGGAGAACUUAUAACACUAUAGGAAUCUUGCGCGGAUCUGUGGAAGACGAUCGUUAUGUCCUUUUGGGCAAUCAUCGAGAUGCCUGGACAUUUGGUGCCUUGGAUCCAUCGAGCGGAACGGCUUCCAUGAUCGAAGUGGUCCGAGCUUUAGGGCAAAUUAAGAAGAAUAAAGAAUGGCGACCAAGAAGGACUAUGGUGUUUUGCAGUUGGGGUGCCGAGGAAUAUGGUUUGAUUGGAUCCUACGAGUGGACGCAACAAUUUGCCAAAGUAUUGAGCCAGCGAGCGGUGGCUUACCUGAAUGUGGAUGUCGCUGUCGGUGGAAAUCAAACGUUUCGAGGUUCAGCUUAUCCCAUGUUGAAACAACUUCUCAUUGAUUCUUCCAAGCUCGUCCCUAAUCCUAAUCCAGCUGAAGUGGCAGAUGGCAGAGAAACUGUUUUUCAAACCUGGGUAAAAUAUCAGCCAGAUGCAAACAACCCUGGAAAUCCUUCAGUUGGUAACAUGGGCGGUGGUAGUGAUUUUGCGCCGUUCGCUUAUGUCGUUGGAACUCCAACCACAGAUUUCGGUUACACGGCUCCCAAUAGUUAUCCAACUUACCAUACAAUGUAUGAUAACUAUCAGUUGGCCAGUGAGAUUGUAGAUCGUGGCUUUGUCCACCACCAGGCUGUGGCGAGAAUGUGGGCAAUUGCAGCCACCGAACUAGCCGACGCUGUUGUAAUACCUUUUGAUAUCAAUUCUUAUGCCAGCUUUCUAAACGACUCGCUGACAUCUUUAGAAAAGAAAUACGACCAACAGCUACAGCAAAAUCAAGCCACUUUCAAAUACUUCCGUGCUUCCGUCGACUAUUUCAGUGAAUCAACUAAGAAUUUCACGGAAACAACCCUGAAAAAUAUAAAUAUGGAUGACAUUUUAACAGUCAGGCAGGUUAAUGACAGACUCACCCAACUGGAGCGUUUCUUCAUCGAUCCAAAAGGAUUACCAGAUCGUCCCGAAACAAAUCACAUCGUUUUCUCGGUAAGCGCUAACAACGCUUACGGAUCUGACACGUUCGCCGGACUAGUCGAUUUGCUCCUCGAAGUGGGCAACAAAACGGAAAGUCAGGACCCAGUUACCUGGAACAAGAUUCGCCAACAUUUGUCAGUUAUCGCAUUCUUGAUUGGUGAAGCUGCUCGUUCGCUAAGCGAAAACUUGUGGUAACUUGUUUUAUUUCUCCAAUUCGACUAAAAUUCCCAACUCCUGAUAAUCGUGUAAUUGCAUGCAUGUUUAAAUUUACCUUUGAACUCUU